CCCAGAUGGUUGUCUUAGCUGUGGCUGUGUUUGUAACGUUAUCAGCUUGUGCAGUUUGCUGCCCGGGGAACAAAAAUUCUACUAAGCUGAAGAUUCAGAGCAUGGAAAAUCAACCUAUGGCUUUGCAACUGGCUGCUGUGGUCAAGGAGAUGGAGAGUCUAAGGUGUGAACAAACAACACUUAAGCAGCAACAAAAUGCUCUGACUCAGAUGCAUAUAACGAGCCAUCAGAAAAGUGCUCAGAAGGAAGUCGGAACAAACAUCCUAACUUAUGGUUCAAAUGAUGAGGAAGACAACCUGCCUUUCUUUGAGGAAGACUCAAGGAAGCAGCGUGACCCCUGCUUCCACUACACAAUCCUGGACCAGGUCUGGCGUGCCACCAACACUACCACCAAGAUUAAGAAGUGUGACCGCCGCAGCAAAUGGAAAGGCUGGUACCGCCUCUUCUACAAUGGUAAGAGUCUUCAGAUGCCUGAGAGGUGUAUCCCUGUGAACAAAUGUGGCACCCACUCCCCGCUGUGGCUGGCAGGGCCUCAUCCGAAGAGAAGGGAGGGCAUCGUUACCCGCAGAGUGUGUGGCCACUGGAAGAAGAACUGCUGUGCUUUCCGUUCCCCGCCCAUCCAGGUCAAGAAGUGUAGUGGCAACUACUAUGUCUACAAGUUCACUGAGCCGUCAACUUGUGAUCUGGCUUACUGUGCAGAUAUCAACACACUUGUAUGUGGGCGAUGCUCAAGAAACCAGUCCUGUGUGAGUCGAGAUAAGAUUAACUGGAGGUGUAAGGGAAAGAAAAGAAUGUCUUCCAGAAAGAUCCACUUCUUUGCUUCUUACCCUGGCCAACUCAAUGGUAAAGUGAACAAAAUCAAGUACAGCAAGGUGCUGGUGAAUGUAGGCCGAGCCUUCGACAGAAGAACCGGAGUGUUCAGUGCACCGGUGAAAGGAGUCUACCAGUUCUUCUUCUCCACUCAAACAGCCAAUACUGGUCUGAAGACUGAUCUGUGGCUAGUGGUCAACAACUACUGGGUAGCUGUCUCUCGCACACAUCUUUCCCGUCCUUCCACUGUUGGUAACUUGUCUACGUACAUGACCUUCCUCCGCAAAGGGGCUAAAGUGUAUGUCACCCACAACUGUGGUAGGUCUUGGGCCAAUGCUGCCUCCAUGACCAUCACAUUUGGGGGCUCACUGCUUGUACAAAUGAAAUAAUGUAUGUGCAAACCUUUUUUUUUAUUUUUUUUUAUUU